CCUCCUAGUUUGAAAUAACUGGGAUAGCCAAUAUGCUAAUAUUUAGCAGAGUUCAUGUCUCUGAUUUUCUAUAAUAAAUCACUGACAUAUGUCAAUCAUUUCGUAAAAGGAAAGGAAAAUGCAAGAGUGGCCGACCGAAGGGAUCUCGUGGAUGACUGUCCUUUGGCUCUUUGGGGUCGUAAUCCUGAAGACGGAUCCGAGUUAAAAAUGGAGCGGAGAUCAAUUAAAAGGACAAGGUUAUUUCAACGGCUGCUGACGUGCACGUCUACAUUCUACGGACGAAUUUGCGUAUAAAAGACACUCCGGCUGAACUUUGAUUUCAGAUCCAAUUCGAAUCACCUUCGUAUCACUUGUUUCUUUUCGUCCACGGACCCAGAAAUUCAACUGAAACGAAAGAGUCAACAUGAUGGCACGAGCAAUUGAAAUCUUUUUGUCUUUCAGUUUAAUUUUUACUACCAUCUGGGCUUGUAAGGAUGGCCAAGUUAAACAACUGACAGCCAGGCAAGGGUUGGAUGAGCUUCUGAAUGCAAAUUCUUACCCCACCAACCCGUGGGUGUUUCCUUACUACUACAACAUCCAGCCACGAUUGCCGUUUGCAGGAUAUGCCAACUCGUACGAAGGACGAAUCCCCUUCAACAGGAAACCACCAGGCAAUUUCGCAAAUAUCAAUGCCGAUUACUACGACAACCAAGAAGGUCGUUUAGGUUUCGGCAAUUUGGGCGCCAAUCUGUUCAACAUGGGCCUGCUCAGCAAUUUAUUUACACCGUUGACGCCGUUGUCCAACCUCCUCAACAGGAUGGAAGCCUGUACGUCACCCAGUGACGAAGCCGGAAUGUGUUCAUCAGCGUCGGCCUGUUCCUCAAUUUCUGGACGGCCAAGUGGUUCAUGUACUCAGGGCAGAGUCUGCUGCAUCAAUGUAGUCAAAGCUUGCGCUAGCAACGCCACACGUAACAACACGUACUGGCAAUCUCCCUCUACAUCCGUGAGUUCUCCUUGCUCGUUGACCGUUCACUUGGACAAUAAACUCGCGGAACAAGCGUCACCUAUUUGUCAGAUUCGAUUGGACUUUGUUUCGUUUACGAACGCCCCGCCAACAGUCGGAACUUGCACCGACACUUUUACAGUUGAGGGAGCAACGACUAUGGCUCCUACUAUUUGUGGAGUUAAUUCCGGGCAACACAUGUACCUUGACGUCCCUUCAUCGGCCACUACUCCCACUGAUGUCAAGUUGAUAUUCAAAUUUGCAACUGGAACAACAACCACUCCAUCGUGGAAUAUCAAAAUUGCGAUGCUACCUUGUGGUGCAACUUAUCUAGCCCCGGCGGAUUGUCUGCAAUACUUUGCCUCCGCUACAGGCAAAGUGAAAUCAUUCAACUGGCAAGACACCGCUGCUGCCCGCCAACUCAACAAUCAGAACUACAACAUUUGCUUCAGGACUGAACUUGUCGCUGGAGCGAGAGCGACACAGAUGUGUGUGAGUCCUUGCACAGGGACGCUUGGAAACGCCUUCUUUUUGACCGGACAGGUCCCCUUACUGGGACAGCUCGAAAUACAUGCAGUUACGAUUUCCUUGCCAUCGCCGGAGGAUUUGAUCCCGUAACGGGCGCUUUCUUCGAUCGUUACUGUGGGAGCGAACUUAAAUUUGCAUCGGUUUGCACCAAAAUUCGACCCUUCAGAAUGACUUUUGGAACAGACGCAUCAGAACCCACCGCAGCUGUUGCCGCGGCUCCACCAGCGAUACCUGUUGCUGCAAUUAUCGAUACUGACAAUACUGGAUUCUGUCUCGACUUCGAAGAGAAAUAGGCGAUCAGGACCAACUGGAUUACUCUCACCGAUUUAUUACGUCAAAUGAAAAGAAUCUUAUUAGUUUGGUGGUGGUUGUUCUAAAUAUUGAGAUGGUUAGGAUUUACUAUUAGGGGAUCUCUCAUCUCUGUGUCACUCGCUUCUGCGCUCGGAAUUUAGAUUUUUACUUAUUAUCACCAAACGAGGGAAGUACAUAAAGAAUUUCUUUAGAUUGGUCAGCUGUUAAAUUACAGGCUACAGCUCCUUUCUUCCCCCAAUAAGAAAAACCGAAACGAUUUGAUUAUUUAAUUAACCCGAGCGCCACACAUUAUUACAUAAUGAAUAUAUUUCUUUUUUUUUCUGAAAUUGCUUUCAGUUCUACAAAUACAUUAGUAUUUGCUUGAUUGCUGUAAUUUCCCAUGCUUCCACACCAAAUCAAAACUGACUUUAGAAAAUAUACCCUAUAAAUAAAUCCUGCGGAAUCGU